AUGCAACAUUUAAUAAACUCCUCCUCCGCCUCCUCUUCCUCACCUCCAUUUAAAAUGGUACAAUUAAACUAUCCAUUACCAAGAUUAGAUGUUAAUAUGGGACCAUUCCAUGCGAGAGAAAAUCAACAGACAGUUGAAGACAUCCGUUUACCAGAUUUCCAAUCCUUUUUGACAGAGAUUAAAGUUCAAUCACAAAACGAUCCAUUAAAAGCCGAUAAAAUGUCAGAACCAUCUGUUGGAAAUUCAUUUGUACAAAGACAUUCACCAUUCCCAAUGAAGGUGGAUAGUCCCAAUUAUUCCCUACCACUCCCACCUCCUCGAUCUCCACUUUCACCUUUUUCCGACUACCAAAAGGAUAUCGAAGAAUCAAUGAUAAUAUUUUCACAAAAUACAGUGAUGAUACCAGCUAAAAAAAGAGGUAGACCACCUUUAUCGAAACCAGAAUGUUGUGCCAAAUGUUCUGUAACGUCGACACCCGAAUGGAGAAAGGCACCCAAUGGAGAGUAUGUCUGUAAUGCAUGCGGACUUCAAAUUUGGAAAAAAAACAAACAAGAAAGAGCCCAAUCCUUAUCAUCGCAAUCACCACCAAUGGAACCAAUUAAACCAUCGAUCAAUUCUUCUAUUCAAUGUUUAUAUUAA